CACCACUUGUGAUAUUACAUUUCAAGAUUGACAAAUAAAAAAGUUUAAGUAAAAUCAAAAUUUAAGUAUGUCUAAAUGUCCUCGACCAGAACGAUGCCAAAGACAAAAAGGAAAUAUUGCUCCAUUAAAUGAAAUAAAAAGGUUCAUCAUAGAAUGUUUACUCAAAUUGGAAGUGAAUGAAGAUAAGGCAUCUAUUUUUGCGGAUAGUUUGAUAGCAGCCGAUUAUAGAGGAAUCUAUAGCCAUGGGCUAAACAGAUUGGAAAAUUACCUGAAAGAUAUAAGAGAAAAAAUAUGUGAUGCAAAUGCUGAUCCCGAAAUUACUAUGGAGUAUGCUUCUACAGCAGCUGUUUUUGGUAAGAAUGGUUUGGGUGCUAUAGUAGGAAUAUUCUGUAUGGAUCUAGCGAUGAAAAAAGCGGCAGAAACUGGCAUUGGAUUAGUAGUAGCUAAUGGUUCCAACCAUUUUGGCAUAAAUAUGUUUUAUACUGAAUAUGCAACAGAGAAAGGGUUCAUUGGUUUAGCAUUUUCGAACACAUCUCCAGUUAUGGUUCCAACAGGUGCAAAAAAUGUUUGUCUGGGAACAAAUCCAUUAUCUUUGGCCGCUCCUGGAGAAUCUAAUGAUCAGUUAGUGAUAGAUAUGGCAACUACUGCUGUUGCUUUAGGAAAGAUUGAAAUAUAUAGACAAAAUAAUGAACCAAUUCCACUAUGGUGGGCUUUAGAUGAGGAUGGUCAACAAACAACUGAUCCAGAGGUUGCUAUGAAAAACCGAAAACUUAUGCCACUAGGAGGUGAAAUGAAUUACAAAGGAACAGCUCUAGCACUUUUGGUUGAAUGUUUCAGUGGAUUACUUGCAGAUUCUUCUUAUGGACACAAUGUUCGAAUGUGGGGCCAACAAACAACUGCACCAGCAAAUUUAGGACAUGGAUUCAUUGCAAUAGAUCCAAAGAAGUUUCCGUCUGGAUUUCAGCACCGACUAAGUGAUUUAUUGAAUCAUAUUCGAAAUAUGGAACAGGCUGAUCCAGAAGUGCCCAUAUUAGUACCUGGAGAUAUCGAACGUGCUGAGAAAAAUAAAAUAGACCAACAAGGAGGAAUUAUUUAUAAAGCCAAACAAUUAGAUAUCUUAGAAAGACUAUCAAGUGAGUUUAAUAUAAAACCAAUUCAAUUUAUUUAA